AUGUCCAGAUCAAAAUUUUAUGGAAUCAAUCAAGAUGUUGUGCUACCUGAUUUUUCUGAUGAUGAUAAUACAACCACCACCACAAACACAAAAUCGAGAAGAGUCAGUUUUGGUACCAAUUUUGUUAAGGAAUUUAUUGUCGGAUCUGCUGUUUCAGCCCAGUGUGUUUUAGAAUAUGAACAAAAUUUUUCAUCAUCUGAUUCUUCGAAUGCUCAUUCAAGUCAUUCAACAAUCGAAAGUAAAAUAUUGGGACAAAAUACAUUUUCAAUAGAAGAUAAUCAUUUAAGUAAUUUUACUGCAGGAGUUGGUUGUGAGCCGAUGAGUAUGGAAAAUUCUAACAAAAGUUUCGGUCCCAGGUUUUCCAGAACGGUUUGUUUUAAUGCAGACUCGCCAACUGCUGAAAUGGAAUUUACAGGAGGGUGUUUAACACUUGCCAAAAGUAUAUUGGAAAAAAAAAAUAAGGAAAUGACUGUUAUUAUUGAAGCGAAGACUAAAAGUCAAAAAGACGAAGUGAUAAGCAUUAACGAAACAAAAUAUUUUGAUGGCACUCAAUUUGACAUGAGUAUGACUCAUUGUUUUAAAUCAAAAGACAAUAGAAAAGAUGGUAAAAAAUUUGACGAUGAAAAAACAAGAGUCUUUAGCGAGUUUGAUAACGAAAUGAGCAUCACCAGAUGCAGCAAAAUAUUCAAUGUGAGAAAUUCAAAAAUUUUCAACUCAAAUGAUAAUAACGAGAGUAAUAGUUUAGAUGAUUCUUGUAAGGAAAAUAGAAUACCACUCGACAUGAUCAUGAAACAUUUAGAUCAAGAUAGUUCUGAUUUGGAAAAUUCUUUGUUCAAUCCUGAGAAAUCAUUAAAUGACGUCUUAAAUCCUUUUAACAUAUCUUGCGGUUCUGAAAAAUUAAAUAUGAAUGAAUCCAUGGAUAUAAGUAGAGAUUUUCAAUGUAAUAAUAUAAUCGAAGCAUCGAGAAUUGUGGAAACGAAAAAAAUAGAAAAGGUAAUAUUAGUAAAUAAUAAGAACAUAACAGAAACAAGAUUUUCUGGAGAAGAGAAUACGAGUAGAAUACCGGAUGAUGAUAAAAUUUUAAGUGAAAAAUGUGAGAAUAAAAUGUCACCAACGAAGGAAAGUCCUGAUGAGGAUGAGUGCCAAGCACCAGAAGACAAAGAUAAAGAAAAAGAAUUAGCCAUGUUAAUUGACAGCACGAUUUGCGAGAGUUCAGAGCCGAUGAAUGAAGCCGAAGGAGACGUGAUUUUACCUGAAAAUAUAAGCGAAUGGUUAAAUCAAACGGAAGUUGAAAAAUCGGAAACGAUUUCGGAAACUCUGAACGGAUUCGUUGAACGCGAAGAAGAAAAAGAUAAAGACGAACCCGACCGCGUUGAAAACAUUUUGAAUGGUAGCCUUAAAUCUACAAUAGAAGAAAAUAUGGAGAAAGAUAAAACAUUGGAAGACGUUGAAAUGAUGGAUGAGGUUUGCGAGGAAGAAGUCAAUCGAUCGAAAACGUUAACGCAAGAAACGUCUUUAAAUCAAGAGGAAACAAAAGCAGAAGAAAAAGAUGAAUUAAUUAAAGAUGGUAAUCAUUGCUACGAGUGUGACGAAGAAGUUUUUGGAAGUAAAGAAGGAAAAAAAUCAGAAAAUGAUUUGGAAAAUUUACCUGAAUCGAUUGAAAAUAUAAUUUGUAGUUCGCAAGACGACAGUAAAAAAGAUGCUUAUGAAGAUCGAGACGUCGAAUCGACUGAAAACAGGAACGAGGAUAAGGAAAUGGUAGGUGAAGCUGCAGAAAAAGAAAAUGUAAUGGAAAUGCCAGGAGCAUACGGAAAUAUCAACAAAAAAAUUUUCCGAGAGGAAUUUGAUGAAAUGAAUGAUGGUGAUGGUUCGAGAACCAUAGAGCAACCACAAAAAAAAAUUAAAUAUUCGGAUGAAGAAGAUGACAUGAUGAAUUUGCCGCCAUUGGUCGAUAAAAAAAUAAUCGAAAAUUUAAUAAAUCAAUCGAAGGAAUCCGGUUGCGUUUGGUCUCUCGCCGAUCAUUUCUAUUACAAUAAAAAUAAAUAUGGAAAAUGGUUUUUCAAAUUUCAACUGUUGAAAAAUUAUGCGGAAGUCGUGGUCGAAUUGAAAGUUUCCGACAAAAAUUCGUUGGAUUCGUACAGUUCGGUUAAAAAUGUCGAAAUCGAAUUUAAAAACGAGGAGGAAAAAUCGAAAGAUUACAAAACAACUUUGGAAUUUGGAUAUUCACAUUUCCAGAGAUAUUUGAACAAGCAAAAAAAAUCAAUCAAAACAAUACUUCACCUUUCGUAUUUUUUAGAUCAAAUGAAUUCGUUCACGAGAAAAUUAAACGAAAAUCUCGGGCAAAUUUACGAAAUACUGACGUCAUAUCCGGGAAGCAAAUUAAAAGACUCCGUUUUAUCAUUCAGACUCUUUAGUUUUCCCAUUUUAUUCAGCGUCGUCGUUUGCAUCAACUUAACGGAUUUCGACAGGUUGUCGAAAUCAUCGUUGAAAUUCGAACAUCAUUUCGGUAAAGCAGACGAAAAUAAAAUUCAAGAAAUAUUCGAAGAAUGUCUCGAAAGGGAUAAUAAUUCGCUCUGCGAAUUCAUCGUCAAUUGCACGUGUGACAUAAUCGAAAGGGAAAAAUUAACGGGUAAAAUAAGUAAAAGGGAUCACAUAAGUUUUCUUCCGGUUAAAUAUCGAUAA